AUUAUUACGAACGUGCGAGUGCGGGCACUACCAUCGCAUCCCGAGAGUAGGGAAAGUCUAUAAGAGCGCGGCCGAAUCGACUACCUUCACCAGUGUCCGUUGCCAUCCAUCGACAUUAACUCGGCUGUCAUCGUCAACCGAAUACAUCGCGCACACACACAAUUUUUUACAUAAUUAUCAUGUCGUCGUUCGCAAUGAGAGUGAGUAAAACAAAAAAAAAAAUCUAAUAAUAAUUAAUAAUCACAUUGUUUAAGUUCGCGUUUUGUUUUUGUACAAUAUUACUUGUUUUAUCUUUAUACUAAAUAAGUCGUGUAAGACUACGAGUGUAGCGACUGUAUUGGUUUUUUUUGUGGUAUGUUUUUUUUUCCAAUUUUAGAUUUCAAACGGAGCUAUUGGUUUUACUAAGAUGAUUAUACUUUUUUUCUUUGUUCUAGUCUGUGUAUACGCUUUUUCUUAGAAAACUUGCUCCGAUUUUUACGUGUGGCAUUUUUUCUGAAACCUCAAGUUCUCUAUAUUGUACUUUAAAAAGAUCAUUUUUUGAUUUGAUUCACAAUUCCCAUUUUAGUGGAAAAAAAUGUAAGAAAACGUACGAUUUCACGAUUUCUUUAUUUUAUAAAAACACGGACGACGUUUUCUACCAGAAAAAAUGAUUUAUUCGAAAAAUCACAAAAUAAUUUUUUGUUGCCUUUUUGACUUACUUUCUUACUGUAUCAUUGCCAAAACUUUUGAGCCACUAUUAAGGAAUUUAAAUUUUUGGGAAUUUUUUAUUGUAAUUCAGUUAUAAAUACACAUAGAUACUUGAAACUUGGAAAUAAUACUUAUAUUAGAUUUACCUAAACGUGGUAAAAUUUUUUAAAAUGAUCGGAAGACGUUUUUUUUAAUAAGUGUUUUGAAAUCAAAUUUUAACGAAAACCGUAAAAAUUAUGUAUUACCGAACUGCGCUUGAAAUCGUUUUUCGUCAAGCAAUGGUUUAUCGUUGCUUACAGAUAAAAAUAAAAUAACCUUAUGUAUCCUACCUUCCCAACUUCUCACCUACAACAGCGGCUGCUCUCAUAACCAUUAUUAGCUCUUUUUUUUUUUGUAUACCUACGAAUAACUACUUUUCCACUAGAAAUCUGGUAGUUUUAAAAAAAACGAAAAGUGAAAAUUACAGAAUUAAUUUUUUGAUUUUCUUUGCAGUUUUGUUAACAAAUGAGAAAAACAGAAGUUUACGAUUUAAUUAUUUUAAAAUUUUUUUAAUUUUGUUUUUCUACCGUUAAUGUUGCUCCGAUUUUCAAGCGUAGCAUUUUUCCUGAAAGAAAAUCGUGUCCACAGUGGUGUGUUAGUAAGAAUGCGUUUCAAUUUUGCUUGCAGUUUUCUUAAUAUAGUUGGGAAUCAUGAAAAAUACGGGACAAUUCGGUUUCAUUAUUUUCGAAUUUUUUAUUACGGUUAAAUAUAAUUGUAGAGAUCAGAAGUUUUGAUGAAAUAAUCAUAUAAGACUUUUUCGGAGCUAAGGUUUUCAAAAACUUCUGGCCAUUUUUGAGCUUUUUAAAGGCAAUUUAUAUAUUUCUUAGUUUUUAUUUUGUUUUAUGUGGAUAUAAUUAUUGCUUUAGCCGAGAAAAAUUGAUUGAAAAUUUUACACGAGAUUCAUCAUACAUUUUUGUACUUAGUAAUUACAAAAAAAAAAGCUGAGCAUAGUGUAGCAACUAGUUUUUAUGAUCGCAUAAGAUUCAAAAAAUUUGGAAACUGUAAAAAUCGGGACAUUUUAUUUAUUUUUUGAUUAGCCAAACUAUCUGGUAUUUUCAGUCAAUAUAUCUACUGUAAUUGCUGAAUUUUCACCUGGUUUAUCUCCUAGACUAAUUUUUUUACUGGAGAACAUUCUUUCGAUUAUUGUGAAAAUGGUUAGAAAUGUUCACCACGAUUGGCACGAGUUUGUUUUGUUUUGAUUUAUUUAUUUUUUGUAUUUAUUUUUGACCCGAACACCGUUUUCGACGACCACGUGCGAAGUUAGGUCGGGUCGAUAAUAUUAUUUAUUGUUAUACACUUAAUAAAUAUAAUGAAUAAAAAACCGAUCAAGAUGAUAAAAGUUUAAGAUACUUACCGUCGGGAUGACGAACUCUGAUCGAAAAUCGUUCGACAUAAUCACCGUAUAAUAUCGUAUGCGGAUAAAACGUAAGCCGACUACAUUAUACUCUUACGUUACUCAUACGAUUCAUCCUUGAAUAUUGUCCUCAGGAAAUCGAGGAAACAACAGUCUUAAGCACAUUAAUUUAUUGCCGUCAUUUCAAGCCAAAAAUCACUCACGCACACGACAGUAGAGAUCAUUUAUUGUUUAUUAUCGGAAACCGUAUAAGUUUUAUUUGCAUACUAUUACAGUCAGCAGCCGCAAUUGACUUCGCGACAAUUCUUUGGUGCGUCGAUCGAACGGCAAUAUCUCUUGUUGUGUAAAGAAAAAACGCAGUUAGUAAGUCCGCUAGAAUAUAUAUUGUUCGUUGAUAUUAUUAUUGUUACUUUUUUUUUAAAUUUGAUUUUAAUUAUCAUGCCCCUGAAAUGAUUCGAAUCGCGGUGUUAUUGACUGUAUAUUAGUUUCUUCGUUAUCGACGCGCGGUGUCUGAGCUAAACACGCCGUCGGUUAAUAGCAAUAAUUAAAUAGCGUUGCGAUUUAAUAGGAUACUUCGAACUUUCUAAGAUAACACGUAGGCAAGUAUAUUAUAUUGUUGACUCCAAAGUAUAGUCUUACGUAAAACUAUGAUUUUGCACGGGCAUCAUAAUAUAUUACUGUAAUAUUAGCGAAUAUAAUUGGAUUUUGCUGAAAAUAAAUAAAAUUGUUUUUUUAUAUAAUAUUACGGUCGAAAAUGUUUUUCAUCCAUCGAUUUACUCAUCACUUAGAACGCGUGUAGUACGGACAUUUCUCUAAACAAUAGAACUCGUAUUGUAUAGACGGAAAAAAAAACGCAAAGGCCUUCUUAAAGAGGGAUUUAAUGAACGUAAAAUAUUGGGAAUGAAAAAAAAAACAAAUAAAAAACAAUGGUAUUCACUAUAUUUAUUUAGUUCAAACUGUUUGAUUAAUUUAGAAUUUUUCGGCUUAUCUAUCAAAGAACGUACAUUGCAUUGCCGCACCAAGUGAAGACUUCUGUUUUUUUUUUUUUUUUAUUCGGAUUAAGACGAGAAAAAACUAUUGACUUGUUUGAGUAAAAAAAAAAAAAAAACGAUUUUCACUUUCUAAAAAUCCCGAGGGAAAUCGAAAAUAAUACCGUCCGUUUUAUUUUCGAAAUUUAAAAAAAUAAACACUAUUUUUCGAAGAAAACAUUUGUAUUAAUAAAUUCAAUAAUUACGUUUCGGAAAAAGUGUAUUGUUUUUCAUGUUGUCGUUAAAACAAUACAUUAUUUGAUUUCUUGAAUAAUUCUACUCGUACGGCAAUAAUUUCCAUUCAUGUACAAUAGUUUUGAGGGCGAAUUUAAACGAAACGUCCCAAUCAGCCACGCGGUAUCCACUACGACUGCCGAUGUCAAGUGCCUCUGUAAUUUACAAUGAUUCCAUGGUCAGUGGAAAUUCCACAAUAAUAAUAAUAUGAUAAUUCCAGGAUAAUUCGACGUGCUUCGGGUUCCGGUUAAUCGUUGAUCCGUUGGUACAUAUUCUCGAGAGGUUCUCUUUUGGCGCGCCACUUAAAUGUGAAUUGAUUCGAAAAUAUUGACCUUUAUUGUUUAUUAAAAAUAUUUUAGAGUACAUAGUAUGUUAAUUGAAAAAAAAAGUCAGUUAAGUAUUCAUAACGUGAUUUGGCAAUGCGGUAUAGUUUAACAAAUAUAGGUCAAAUUGUGUCUCGCUCAUGUCGUCUGUCCAAAUCGCAAGCCAUCAAAGGAAUUCAUUAUAAAAUGAAAAUCUCUAAAUACUAUUCGUGUUCACCUAGCUAAUCCUUUAUAAAAUACACUUUUUAACUUUCAUGUAAUUAGUUUUGUUGGCACAUUGUCAACUCGAUACAUUAAUCAUUGUGUUGUAUAAUAGUUUUAGGUCAAAACAUAAUAAUGUAUGUACCUACGUUACACGAAGAGAAAAAAAAAGCGAUUUUCCGAACAUAAUCAGCUCAAGAUUUGCAUUUUUUUUGCACAGUUUUCGUCCAUAAACUGAAUUUUGUUUUCCGACAAAAUGAAAUAAAGGUGUUUAGGACUACUCGGAAACAUUGGCACACUACAGGUCAAUUCCGAAUUAUGGGGAUCUAUGGUGUCGUUUACCGAAAAUUGGGAGUGAAUCCUGGGACAGAAUGAUCUAUGGGUUCUUUGAGAGCAAUAAGUAGGGGAUCCAGCAAUCGGAAAUCAAUGUUCAACACCACGUGACAUUGUAAUAUUCGUUUAUUAAAUUAAAAUUUCAUAUGAAUAUAGACAAAGCGAGAACUCAGUGAAGAUUAUGCGUUUAUAAAUUAUUCAUAAACCAUACAGAGAACGUUUACAGUAGUCUAUUUGUCGACAGAAACAAUGCCUUAUUACAUGAUUACAUCUGUAUAAUUAUGUGACGUAUGACUGAAUAACUAACCUUGACGUAGGUGUCUAUAUCUAUAGUGUUUUAUCGUUUAUUUUUAAACCCGGAUUAGGGAGUUUAGUGGUAUGGCGUGUGUGCAUUUUUUUCGCGAUUUUCGAAAACCAAACCUAAUCUAAAAUAUGUGUAGGUAUAAUAGAAUAAUAAUCGUAAGAUAUGUAUUCCAAGCAAAUCCCGCAAUAGCUCGAAAUUUGCUAUAUUCUAUAAAAAAUAUUGGACAUAAUAAUUGUAAUUAAUAAAUAUUAAAAAAAAUCUACAAAAAAAAAAAAAAAAAAAGAAAAGAAAAAAAAAAGGUUUUUUUUAUUCGGUCAUGUUUUAUUCAUUGUUAAUUAUUUACAAACCAAUGUUACGCGUUAUCGAAAUUCUCGACGUAUUUAUAAUGAAUGUUUUAUUAAUAACGUAGCUGUAAUAAUGUAUUGUUUUUUUUUUUUUUGAAAAAUAUUAUUGUGUCUGAUGUGAAAUUCUUCACCAAAAUCCGGCGAUCAUUACAUAUUUAAAUUCGAACCGCUCAUAAAAUCAUAAAUAUUUAUCGGUGAGAAAAAUGAGAUAAUUUAUUUCGUGAAAACAACUUUGGGUUUUAAACUCCAUCUUGACAAUUUCUGUUAAUGUUCAGCAUGGUUUGGCACCGCUUCUCAAAUAAACGUGCACAUAAUAUACAUAUCUACCACCGGGGGGAUGGCUGCAGACAUUAUAUACAUAUAUUAUGUAUAUAUAUAUAUAAAGAAAACUUCCUCCGAUCGGACGAAGGCACUUUCGCUAUUUUUUCAAAUUGAAUUCCGAUAAAUUGUUAUCUGUAUAUAUUGGCGAGGGGAGAGAAAGUUUUUUCCCUUGAUUUCAUCCUUCACGCUCGGCAGAAUUAUAAGGGGGGAAAUUACAUUACUGACUGUGCCCCGGCGGGCGGGGCGGAGACGAGAUCGUCAAUUUUACGCGUUGCAUCACAAAACUCGACCGAUUUUCAUCCUCCAACCGCCGCCACCGCCGCCGGCGGCGGCGGUCGGAGGGCAAUUUUCAUACGUACGCGUGUAUUUUUAACCGAAUGGUUUUUUUUCUACGUCAUAAAUCGACUAGUACACUCGGGAGGGUCCAAAACCGCCGCGCCUAAUAAAGUUUUUUGGUAUUAUGGCAGGGUUGUUUAUAAUAUUAUUGUGACGUACGCGCGUUUGGUGGUCUACGACCGUGCAUGUUACACACUAUCGUCGCGCAUGGCGGAAAGUGUCCGUGACGUUUCCACACCGCGAACGGACCUGCUCGAAAAUUCGUUGUGGUAAACGAACCGAACAAAUCGGAGAUAAAUACGAAUUUACACUAUUAUAUAAUAAUAAUAUACAGAGUAUAACAAGACUAUUUGAUAUUUUUUACAUUAUAGUCACGUGUAAAAAUGUCGAAUAGUCCUGUUACACUCUGUAUAUACCUAUAUACCCCCCCGAACCGGGGCAGUAGGUAGUCGCGAACGAUUAAAAAUUUUUUAUCAUGUUUUUUUUUUUUAUUUUAAUGUUCAUUGUCCGCAAUUUCGCAAUUUACCGUGUUCGUAAAUCAUUACGUAGUACCGCGGGUGUGAUAAUAACAUUCGAUGAAAACGACGAACGUAACCUAACCCAACGACGAACGUCGUUUUCAUACGGUUUAUUUUUUCGACAAAAUAUUAAAAACAGUAUACGUGUGCAACAUUAUCGUUUUGUUAAUUUCUGUCCUUGGCUCUGCACAUUAAAUUUGAUUACGAAUAUGCAUACGGUAUACAUAUAGUAAAUAAUUAAAUUAUUUUUCAAUAUCAGGAAUAUCUAAUUACAAAAUUCAUAUAGGACGUCUGCCAAAUCAUAGCAAUAUUUACUAUUUAAGAACACUUACAAUUGCGCCAACUACGUUAAAAAUACGUUUUCAAAAGAUACCUUUCUCAGUAAACAGCGGGUUUCGUAAAAUACCCACUUUUUUGACGUUCAUUUCUUUCCGUACGACGUGCGUCGUGAGCGUCGGAAAGAUGGAUAUGGUAAAAACAACAAAAUACAUUAGAUAAUAGCAUUUAAAAUUGCAGUUAAAACGCAUGUUCUCGUUGUACCGUAAAAUUAUUGUAUGCAUAAUGGCGAUUAUUAGAAGGGAGCUGAUCGGGGGAAUCUACUUUUCUUUUUAUCUAGUUUAACAUCUCCAAUGCAUUCGUCCCAAUCAAUAUUUCCCAUUUUUUCCGAGUCUUCAUUGCAUAUCGAAUCAUUUUGGUAGACUGCACCCUUUGAUAUCAUUUUGAUAUGUACGGUCAUUUCGUUAUUAUACGCUACAUUAGAGCAACAUUUUACUGCUCCUUAAUGCACCUCCUACGCCAUUGUCCCUUUUCAACAUCAAAAACCAUUGUCGCCUAAAUAUUAUCUAUUUUUAUUUUGUCGUGUUUGACAACAAUAAUAAUUAUCGCGUCUCAACGCUCCAAAUUAUCAUUACACCAUUUCUAUAAUUUUACAGAUAAUAUGGUUUUUCGGUUUGUACGUCUGUGCCACUUUGGCGCGUCCGCAGGACUUGAAUGUCGAAAACGUACCGAAAUCCUUGGCCGCAGCAGCUCCGACUGUUAUCGUGAAACGAGCCACACUGGACAACGGUCAACCGGACUUGUCACUUCCCAACGUUAACGACAACGUUCUCGAUAAAGCGCUCAAUAACAAGAAGUUCGUGGAUAGUCAACUCAAGUGCGCUAUGGGUGAAGGACCAUGCGAUAACAUUGGCAGGAAAAUCAAAGGUCAGUGAACAUGAAAUUAUUAAACCAGGCUUAGGUAUAUAUUAGUUUGUCAGUUACAAAUACGGUUUUCACUUUCGAUUCAAUUUAUUAUACUUAUAUUUUAAGAUGAAACGAAAAACGAUGUUAAAAAACGAAUAAUAAGACCGUAUAAUAUUAUAUAAUAACUGGGAAAUAGAAUUUCAAUUAAAUAUCAAAGCAAAUGUGUUUUAAUCGCAUAGUUUUAUUUUAACUCCAAAUUCAUCACUUUAUACUAAUAAUUUUGUUUGGCCAAAUUAAAAUAGAAUUCCGACCGAAUUCCUUAUAGUCUGAAAUCAAUCCUAGGUCUUUUUAUAAACAGAAAUCUCUGUUUUUGAUUUCUAUUGUUUAAUUACCACAAUACUAGACGCACAAUACCUACCUACUUGUCUUUCAACACCUCUGAACAAAAUAUAUUCCAAUUAACUCAUAUCGAUUGCCGAAGUAAAUUAAUUAUUCGCCGGAUUUUCAUUAUGGAGUUAGAUCGUCGGGACAAGAAUAAUUUAAUGUAUUAGUAUUUAAAAUUUAAAACUAUAGACAAUAAAAAUACAUUCAAACUAGUUAUACUAAUAUUAUUAUGUAUGGUACGAUUUUUUUAAACCGUUAAUAAAAUAUAAACUAAAAUUUAAGGGAAACAGUUGAGAACAGUUCUCCAAAUUUUCUCCAGUUUUGUAAUGUUUAAACAUAUUUUUUGGUUUUUAAUGGCCACUAUGAUGAUAUAGGACUUUUUCACUAAUCUACUGCCCAAUACCAAUUUAAGGGGGAAGGGUUACGAUAGUUUUUAAGGGUGAAUAUUACGUUUUACACUAAUAAGUUGGAGUAAAAUUCAUCCACUGCCGUUCGCCCAAUUUUAUCAUACUUGUAUUCUUUGAUAUUUUGUCUAUGUUUUGUACGAAAUAUUUGUCCGUUUUAUUUAAUUAGUUAGUUUAAUCAAAGUAUAUAAUGAAUGCAUCUUUUUUCUUAAAACAAGCUUUUACUUAAAAAUCUGACAAAAAAUGAAAAUAUAUUUUUUAAAAGGAAAUGAAAAAAUUAUACUAAGUAAAAUAAUUUUACAAAGUAGAAAUUGAACUACUGGAAGUAUGUUAAUUUUACUCUGGACUUUUCAUCUAAAUGUAUGACAAACCGAAUAAUUUUUAACCGCCUUAAGAACUUAAUUCAUUUUUUAAACGUCACGCAUGAAUUCAGAAUAUUUACAUCAAAUAAUUUAAAUAUUUAAGAAACUUCGAUCAAAUAUUGGAGUUAAGACUACUGCAAUAAUAUUUCGAUUGCGAAACGUCUGACUUAUGGUUAAUUUUUAUUUCAGCCUAUGCCCCGCUUGUGCUUAGAAACAUGUGCAACAAGUGCACGCAAUCCGAUAUUAGACAAAUUCAACGCGUUAUGUCGCAUAUACAGAGAAACUAUCCGAAAGACUACGCCAAGAUCCUGAACAAAUAUCAGAACGGAGUCUGAUUACGGUACCACCUAUUUAUCCUCGGUCGGAGGAAUAACACUUCCCGCGACAAACAAUCCAUCGUCGGCAUAAUUUAUACAUACCUAAUAAUAAUAUAAUAUAAAUUUGAUAAAACAUAAUUUAUACAUCGGACUCAACCAAUUGCAGUUUGUAUUAUUGCAGUGUAGCAGUGUACGAGUCAUUAUAUUACGGACCUAAUAUUAAAAAAAAAAAGUUUUAGUGUAAUUUUUUAUAAUUAUUAUUAUUAUUAUUGUUUAUUUGUUUGUUUUUGUUUUUUUUUUUUUUUUUUUAAAUAAACGACUGAACAAUCAAUCACAAAAUCAAAUAUUCCUUAUACAAUUAUUUAUACGUAUCGCAAUAUUAC